GUAUAUUCAAAGUUUUAUCAUUUAUGUAAAGUUAGGCCUUUGUUACAAUCCAACAACAUUUGGCCUUUUGAUGAAAGCUACAAGAUGAUUUCAGGAAUACAGACGUGCUGUUUACUAAUGCUCAUAUGCAACAGUCUUUCUUCAUUGACGUUACCAAAUAUAAAACCUGACAGAAAUAUUACAGAAAUCGAUGAAGGGAAUUCAACUAUGAAAAUAUUUACAAUCAGUGCCUCAGAAGAAAAUGGUGGAACUGUUCAAAUAGUCGCAGCCGGCCAAACCAAUGAUAUUGUAAAUUUAAAUUCAACAAUGAUCGGAAGCAACACCACUGUAGAUGUUUACCUUAAAGAACCACUUGAUAGAGAGACACAGUCGAACUACACACUGAGAUUUAUAGCAAUAAGCAAUUUCACAAGUCUUCGGUUGAGUGAAGUCGAGGUGAGUCUAAUUGUACUGGACAUCAACGACACACCUCCUAAAUUCAGUCAACUGACCUAUAUAUUAGAGCUUGAAGAGGAUACGCCAUUUUCCAGUAUUCUCAAUGCGAGUAUAUGCGCCGAUGAUCCUGACAGUGGACAGGGAGGAUUAGUGAACUAUAGCUUACAGGCUGCUGGUCAGGAUUCCAGAUUUUAUAAUAACACCUUUGAAAUCGAUCAAAGAAAUGGAAGUAUACAACUGUUACAGCCUCUUGAUUACGAGAAACGGACUUUCUACCGAUAUAGGAUAAUUGCAACUGAUGGCGGAGAUCCUAAAUUAAACAGUACGGCAGACCUUCUCAUUAUGGUGAAGGACGUCCAAGAUACACCGCCCAUAUUUCAGCGACUGCCGUUCAUGACAACCAUUUCAGAAACCACGCCAAUAGGGACAAGCAUUUAUAAGAUUUUUGCUACCGAUGGAGAUACUGGUAUCCCAGAUAACAUUACAUACAGCUUAACAUAUCAAUCAAAUGAGACAGCAUGUGACAACUUUCUACGGAUCAAUAGCAGCACUGGUGUGAUAAGUAUCAAACAACUAAUGGACAGAGAUGGCGGAACAAUUAAACGUCUUAACGGAAUCUGUAUUGUAAAUGUUACUGCAUCGGAAAUUACAAAUGCAACUGCCAACAAAAACAGUCAAACAACGAAGCCAUUCACAAUUACUGUACAAGAUGAGAAUGAUAAUCGACCAAAGUUCAGCAAAAAACAAUAUGAAGGUUCCGUGAAAGAAAACAUGAGAGAUAUCACAAUAUCGAUUCCUGGAAACAUACAGGUUUUUGACAUAGACCAGAAGGGAUAUAACAAUAUAAAGCUGACGGUACUAAAUAGGACAGACGUUGUACCCUCACCAGAUUCUGUAAUCUACAAUGGAACAGUUCUUCUUCGUCUUACUAGUCCACUAGAUUAUGAAAAUGAGAAAAAUAUUACGUUCUUGAUUAAAGCAGAGGACACCAAUAAUCCCAGCUUUGUCAAAAAUUCUACAGUCAUCGUAAAAAUAAACGAUACCAACGACAAUGAUCCUGUUUUCCAAAGCAGAGACAAUGACCUCUUCUUGCCAGAAAACAGUUGUUUUAACACAACAGUUGGAAAGAUAAAGGCGACUGAUAUAGACUCUGGAAAUUAUGGAAAAAUAGAAUAUCGUCUGGAUAGGAAUAGCAGUUUUAAAAUUGAAGCCACCACUGGUCGUGUUUAUGUCUCAUGUAAAAACAGCUGCGCAAGGGGAUGCAAUAACUCUCUCUGUGACAACAGUUGUCUGGACAGGGAGAAGAAGGACAGGUACUACUUGACAGUUUCGGCGAUUGAUGGAGGAGGGAGAAGAACCUCCCUUCCAAUCACCAUAUACUUGAACGAUACAAAUGACAAUAGGCCAAAGUUUCGUUAUAAUUCCUAUCAAAUAGGACUUCUAGAAAACAGAAAGACAUUUUCGGAUGGAAAAGAGGACUUAGAAAUACAGGCGGACGAUGUAGACCUCUCAGAAAACAAAACGAUCAGUUACAAAUUACUUCAGAACUCUCCUCAUUUUCACAUCAACGAGUCAACCGGAAAAAUAACAAUUACUAAAGAAGUAGAUUAUGAAAACUUAACUGAGGCCAACGGCUAUAUCAACCUGACAAUCAUAGCCUCUGACCAUGGGAAACCGCAACAAAGUUCGUCCGUUCAGUUAACGAUUCAAGUCAAGGAUUUAAACGACAAUAGACCAGAAUUUAGAGGGAAAACAUACAACGCCAGUGUAUGUGAGAAUGCUGCUAGUGGUACCAAUGUUACAGUUGUCUCUGCAACAGAUGCCGAUAAAACAGCUCCGAAUAAUAAAUAUUCCUACUUUAUUGAAAAGGGUGGGUCAGAUCAAUUCACUUUAAAUGGCAAGACAGGAGAAAUAAGCGUUCAAGUGGGAGCAAACCUUGACAGGGAAAUCAAAUCUAAAUACACUCUAACAGUAAUUGCAAUAGACAAAGGGGAUCCUCAGAAUACUGGAACAACUACAGUGUUUAUUAGUUUGACCGAUGAAAAUGAUACUCCUCCUCGUUGGUUGAACUUACCCAACACAACUACCGUAAAGGAAAAUACUACAGAACCCGCUAUAUUCAAAUGUAUAGGAGAUGACUCCGACAUCAACCAUACUUUAGUCUACUCAAUUAGGAUAAAAGAAGCAUUAGAUAGCAAUGGCAAUCUUGUAAAUCUCUCUUUGAUUAAGGGAAAGAUCUCUAUCAACAGUACCACGGGGAUUAUGUCUGUGAAUAAUUUAGAUGCAGAAGUGGCAGUGACAAUAAGGCUUACAGUUACUGUCAACGACACUUCAACAACAAAAAAUGACCCAAAUGCCACAAGCGAACUUAUAAUAAAGAUCACAGACGAGAACGAUAAUCCACCAGUUUUUCAAAAUGCAUUAUAUACAUCUGUUAUUUUGGAGAAUGCUCCUAACAACACAUUUCUAGUAUCCGUGACAGCUACCGACAUUGACAUCAGCAAAAAAUAUACAACGAUUAGAUACUACAUAGAUGACAAACAAUGUCCAUUCUCAAUAAAUCCAAAGACAGGUGGUGUCAUUAAGACACGAAAACUUGAUCGGGAGACGAAACCAUUUUGGAUAAUAACAAUUCGAGCAUCAGAUGACUCCAAAUAUAACGCUACAGCUGAACUUAAUGUCACUGUCUUAGACUUUAAUGACAAUACGCCGUUUUUUCUUAAUGAAUCAUACCUAUUUAGUGUGACGGAACAAAAUUACAGUCAAACACAAAUUGGACAGUUAUAUGCAAAGGAUCUUGAUGCCGGUCCCAACCAGAAAAUUACUUACAAGAUCACAAGAGGCAAUGCUGAAUCAUAUUUUCAUAUUUCAGAUGUAAAUGGAAGCCUAUUUAUAAACGGUAAUAUUGAUAGAGAAACUAUGCCAAAAUAUGAGCUAGUGGUUACAAUAAAUGACAACCCAAUAGAGAAAGCAGAUACAAAACUAAAUUCAGCACACGUGAUCGUGAAUAUUCUAGACGUUAAUGAUAACGCACCAGUUUUUACUUCUAAUUCUAAACAACAAAUUAGAGUGAAGGAAACCACAAAUUUAGGAACCGUGGUCGGAACAGUAUCAGCGACAGACAAAGACUUUGGCAAUAAUGGUACUGUGUAUUACAGAAUUGGAAGUAACGGGAAUGUGUCUAAUGGGUUAUUUGUUAUAGAUAAUGACACAGGUGUAAUACAUGUGGAUGGAAGUAUAAAAAACAAGGUUGGUAUAUACACAUUGGAAGUCCUGGCUAUUGACAAGGGGUCUCCGCCCAUGAACUCAUCUGUGUUGUUAGAUAUUUUCAUCUUAGACGAAAACAUUCACAGACCAGAAUUCACGGUGUUACCAAAGAAUGGAAUCAUCAGUAUUAAUAAGUGUGUGAAAAAAGGAACAACUUUGACAAAAAUUCAGGCAACAGACAAAGACAUGGAUUUUAAUAAUCAACUUGUUAAUUAUGAGUUCUUUUAUUCAAAUGCAUCAACUGGACAGCGAUUUGAGUUAUUUCAUAUUGAUAACAUAACCGGAGAAAUCAAACUCAUAAGAGAUCUAAGUUAUGGAAUUAAACAAUUUUUCAAGAUAUACGUAAUAUGCACAGACAGUGGGUUUCCCCCUUUAUCUAGCAUAACGCCAGAACUAACAAUCCAGAUCACAGAUGUCAUUGAUAAUCCUCCUGAGUUUCUUACGAAUAUUACGAAAGUUGGCGUUAAGGAAAAUCAGAAUAGAACCAUUCUCCUCACAACGGUUUCUGCUGUUGAAAAAGAUUCAACGGCAGUGAUCGAGUUUAAAAUAAAAGAUGGUAAUUAUUCAAGUUUCUUUGGAAUUAAUAGCAGCUCUGGGGAAAUAUCAACAACAAAGCCUUUGGAUCGAGAAAUCAUGAACGAGAUUACUUUGGUUGUAGAAGCAACUGAUGUCAGUAAACCUGAGAUAAUAUCAGAUCAGUGCAAUAACACACAUGUGCAAAAUAAUGCAAAUUCGCUAAUGAAAGUUAUUGUCACUGUGCAGGAUCUCAACGACAAUCCUCCAAUUUUCAGAGAUACAGAGAUUUCUAAAUUUAUUAUGCAUAACACAGUGAUAAAUGCAAUUGUGAUGGAUCUUUCGGAAAUCGUUGUGGACAAAGACAGCUCCAUUGAAAACCGUAAACACAACUUUUAUGCAACAAACAUAUCUUAUACUGGAGCAUUGAAAAAUGAACUCAAAGACAAAAUCAUCAAAGCCAACUGCGGUCAGUUGUUCUGCGUUCAUCCUAAUGGUACAGUUGUGACCAAUUUUGUAUUCUCUAAAAAAAUGAAAGGACAAGCGAAACUUCAAGUAGCUGCAAAUGACUCUGCAGGAAAUACAACAGCCUUAUUAAAGUUUUAUAUCUACGAUUAUUCGCACGUUGUGGCAAUGCACAUCAUUAAGAAGGCAUCAGAGGUUGAUGGAAUAAAACUUGAAAUUUUAAGCAUGUUUUCAAAUAUAACUGGAUAUGAUUGCAUAUUUCACAAAAUGGAUAUCUAUAAAGGAAUAGAUGGGGAAUCUGACCCGUUCACGACAUUAGUUAAAUUUUAUGUUGUGGACCGAGAAACCGACGAGGUUUUGGAAGCAAGCGAUGUGGUGACACAAUUUGACGAUGUGAACAAUGAUUCUCUAGCAAGAGUCAGGAACAGAUACUCAAUCCGAUCUUUAAGUGAUUUGCAAUAUCAAAGUGAAGGUAUUGACAAACCAUCCACAGAUAAGAUGGUUUAUAUCCUGAUCGCUGUCAUAGCUCUGAUGGUUGUAGUUCUGGGCAUAAUUACUUUCUUAUAUAUACGAAAUACACUAAGGUACAAGAUGGAGGUAAAUCCAGAGUCUACAGUGGAUCGUGAAGAAGACAAGAACAAAUCUUCAUGUCCAGGAAAGGUCGUCGAUGAACAAAGACGAGGAAGAAACAGAAGUGAUUAUAGAUUUGAAAGAUGUUUAGUAAAGAUGGUUAACUCUGGCCAAACAGGGUCUUUGCAAGAAAGAAAAAUGGUAGAAAAUUUGUGACUGUUCAAUAUGUUGAGAAAAAUUUCCUAUGGCUGCCUCUGCUGAUUGAUUUUGAAAUUCAUUUGAUUCUUCUUUGGUUGUUUAUUCAGAAACCUUUAAGAUAAUUUUUUGGUAGGAUUUUACUAGAAAAUAUGUAUCCUCUUUUACGAUUACAUAUUUAUAGCUGUGAAUCAGGGAAAUUGGGGAUUAUAACAAAAACGUACGUAGAUUAAUCAUACGCAUACAUGUACGUGCUCCCGAAAUGUGAUGAAAUUAACGCUAUCAAUAUAAAAUAUCAAGAUGAUCGACGGUAUUCUAAUAGGGAGAAAAAAGAAUUCUUUAAGUUUGAUAAUGGCAAAAAUCUUUAAUAUUAAUUUAAUGCAAAUUUAUCAUGUUUUUAUAAAAACUACAACAAACAAACGAUGUUUCGAUGUUUUAUGUACAAAUUAUGAUCUUGAGUGUAGUAAAAAAUUUAAUUACUUAGCUCUGCAUUUGAAACAGAACUGCAUUUAAUAUAUCGACUGUGAAUUUAGAGUUUAAAAUGCUAUGUAAUGGAAAGAAAGAGGCAUAACAAACAAAGACACCGUAUCGCAUUGAGUCAAAUAACGAUUCUGAAAUUCUUUUUCACUGUCAGCCUUUUAUUACAUGAUUACCUCCCUUCCCAAUCCAAAUGAGUCACAGCUGAAAUAUUGAGAUUGUGAAGUCAACUUCAUUUUUAUCUAUUUAUUUAUUUUUUCUGCACUAGGAAGUUUUCACAAUGAAUCCUAUUGGAGGAGGCUGUUCUUAUUAUAAAACAAAGAUAUAUCUUUUAAUAUGAUUAACAUAAAUUAUUGUGUAUUUAGGCAUUUUGAAUGAAGAAAAUAAUACAUCUACUUCAAUUAAUUGUCAAGUUCAAUUAAGUAUGGACUACAUGUAUGUGAAAAUAAACUUGCCGUUUCAAAUGGUGAAUUGGGAGCCCGUAAUUAAACCUAAAUAAAGGAUCUAUCUAUCUAUCUUUCUAUCUAUCUAUCUAUCUAUCUAUCUAUCUAUCUAUCUAUCUAUCUAUCUAUCUAUCUAUCUAUCUAUCUAUCUAUCUAUCGAUACUACUCGCCCUCAAUUCUGAGUACUCUGAGUAGGGUGCGCAGCUGGUUAUUUAAUCGUGUCUCUACUUAUGUCAUAAUUCCAUUAUUAUAAUUACAAAUUAGCUCUUAAGUCCUGUAAUCGAUGCAUAUAUUGUUAUAUAUUGUUAUAUGCUUGUAACGUCUGAUGUGUGAUGAUAAUUCUCUCUCUCUCUCUCUCUCUCUCUCUCUCUCUCUCUCUCUCUCUCUCUCUCUCUCUCUCUCAAUGAUCAAUAUAUUAUGUGAUAACAAAUGCUGUCAAAUGAAUAUCUGAAUUAAAGUGAUUUUGAUAGUGUCGGAUUUAGUUUUAUUUCAACAGGAUCUAGUUUGUAAUAAUUCUUUCUUAAAAUAAGAUGAUAUGCAUUUUGCAAAUUUAUUGCAAACGUUUAUAAUAUUCUAUGGUGUAUUGUAAGUAUUAUUAUUGUGGUGAUUCAAUUAGUGAUGUAAUGAUAAAAUAAUGCAUUUUAUAUUUUUGGUCACUAGUUUUGUUUUCUUUUUUUCUUUCUUUUCUUUUUUUGGCUUAAAAUAAAACAUAUGAUAUAAUAUUAACUGAAAUUUACCACUGAGUACUUUCUUAAUUUGCGUUGAUUUUUUUUCAAUGUAGAUCAUUUUUAUAUGCUAUAUUUCGUUUAAUCAAAAUG